AUGAUCACCAUGAUCAUCAAGCUUGAAAAAAAUGGGAACGGGUACCACUACAUUUUGGCAAACAUGGGAUUUAUGGAUAUCGAUCUGACGAAAUUCAGGGAGAGCGGAGCCAACGUCACUGGCUUCCAGUUGGUGAAUUACACGGAUACUGUUCCCGCCAGGAUCAUGCAGCAGUGGAGGAAUAACGAUGCCAGGGAGCUUCCUCGUGUGGACUGGAAGAGGCCAAAGUACACUUCAGCCCUUACGUACGAUGGGGUCCGGGUGAUGGCUGAGGCGUUUCAGAACCUGCGGAGGCAGCGGAUUGACAUCUCCCGACGUGGCAAUGCUGGGGACUGCCUCGCCAACCCGGCCGUGCCCUGGGGACAAGGAAUCGACAUCCAGAGAGCACUGCAGCAGGUCCGUUUUGAAGGAUUGUCUGGCAACGUUCAGUUUAAUGAGAAGGGGCGGAGGACCAACUACACCCUCCAUGUGAUUGAGAUGAAACACGAUGGGAUCAGAAAGAUUGGUUAUUGGAAUGAAGAUGAAAAGUUAGUUCCAGUAGCCAUAGACACUCAAACCGGCAACGAGUCCACGAGCCUCCAGAACAGGACGUACAUAGUCACAACGAUCCUAGAAGACCCAUAUGUGAUGCUCAAGAAGAACGCCAACCAGUUUGAAGGCAAUGAAAGGUAUGAAGGCUACUGUGUGGAGCUUGCUGCUGAGAUUGCAAAGCAUGUUGGCUACCACUACAGGCUGGAGAUUGUCAGAGAUGGGAAGUACGGAGCCCGGGAUCCCGACACCAAAACAUGGAACGGCAUGGUGGGAGAACUUGUUUAUGGGAGGGCUGAUGUGGCUGUGGCACCAUUAACCAUCACUCUGGUUCGAGAAGAAGUUAUAGACUUUUCCAAACCUUUUAUGAGCUUAGGUAUCUCUAUCAUGAUAAAAAAGCCUCAGAAGUCCAAACCAGGAGUGUUCUCUUUUCUGGACCCUUUGGCCUAUGAAAUAUGGAUGUGCAUUGUUUUUGCCUACAUUGGAGUGAGCGUUGUCCUCUUCUUGGUGAGUCGCUUCAGCCCUUACGAGUGGCACACUGAGGAGUUUGAGGAAGGACGGGACCAGCCGGCCAACGAUCAAACAAAUGAGUUUGGGAUAUUCAACAGUCUCUGGUUCUCCCUGGGAGCUUUUAUGCAGCAAGGAUGUGAUAUUUCUCCAAGGUAAUUUUUCUUGGAAAAGCAGGCACAAUACAAGGUGGCUGAAAAACUGCAUGAAAUACAGAAGAUGUGAAUCUGUGAUAGAGACACAAGUAGAGGUGUAUUUGUAAAUAAGG